AUGGUCCAGCUCGCAGCUGCCAUACAGUUGGAAUUCCACCGGCGUCUACUUAUUCCGAGCGCCCACACUUCUGAUGUUUUGAAGGUCUAUCUUCGGACAUUCAAUGCUGUUGGUGUCCUCUUGAAUAGCGGUCGACGGGAUACUGCACGCAAGGUCUUUGACUGGAUCUGUGAGCCCGUGGUGUCCUUCCUUCAAGGCCGUAGCGACACCGUUAAAUGUGUGGUGGCGGCCAUGCUAGAGGGAUCCGAGAACGGCUGGGAUGAGGAAACACUAAAAGGUGCAUUCUUCGGCGGUCGAUCCAUAGUGUUCAUCUUCUACGCGAUCAUUGCGCUCGCGUAUUAG